AUGGAUGAAGAAAUACCGGUUCGGGGACGUUCAAGAAAAGAAGGGAGGACUGUCACUAAUCAUCACCAUUAUCGUGCAGAUAUUUUUUAUGUUGCUAUUGACAAAAUAUGUGUGGAGAUGGAUCACCGGUUUUGUGAAGGAAGUAACGUUGUGCUGGAUUUCUUCUCAUGUCUUGACCCCAAGAACUCUUUUUCCAAGUUUGAUGUUGAUAAGCUUGCUCGUCUUGCUAAUAUUUAUCAUGUAGACUUUUCUGAUGGUGACCGUGGAACAAUAAGGGAGCAACUUGAGACUUAUGUACAUCAAGUAAAAAGGCAUGCUUCUUUUACUUCUUGUGAAGAUGUUCAAAGUUUGGCUAUGAAGAUGGUUCAAACUGAGAAAUAUUUGGUAUUUCCAUUGGUUUACAAGCUCAUUGAGUUGGCUUUGAUAUUGCCGGUGUCGAUAGCAUCCGUUAAUCUUAAUUUUUCCGCCGUGACACUUCUCAACUAUGAAAGUCUUGGUAAAGCUUUAGGUAUUCCUUAUGAUGGUGUAAGAAUCAGACUCGGCGCUGAAAUCGAUCUCUUCCCGGAUAUAUGA